AUGAGUUUCGUAUACUCUAUUGAUACUGGUGUUAAUAUGAAUUCAUUGAAAAACGAAUUAACAAAUGUUCACUCAUCUUAUCCACAAUUACUUGGUUAUGGUUCAUCCAGUUGGGGAAAUGACAAUAGUUGUUUUGAUAUGAACAAUUUACCAUUCUAUGCCUAUGAUCCAAAUGUGUCUUUGCAUAUGAAACAAUCAUAUUCAGCAUUAGCAGCUGCAGCAGCCGUCAAUUUCAACAAUUCAGAAUUUAAAUCAGAAAAACCAAAAUUAGAACCUUAUAUACCAAAUAAUGGCAAUCAUCUUUCACAACAACAUCAUUUCUUUUGUCAAACUCAUCAACCUUGUGGAUCACCAACAUCCAUUUCUGAUUCUCAUCAUGUUACAUCAAAAUCUUAUAAUACAGUAACUACAAAUUCAUUUCCAUCAUCGAAAAACAUACGUCAGAAUUCAAAGAGAAAUUUUAAUCACUUGUUAUCACAGUGUCGUGAAUGGAACAGUGAAGAUUCGAAAGAGGAAGAAGAUGAUCAAGAUGUAACUGAAGUUGUCUAUACGGUCGGUACAAGUGGUGAAACGGCGACUAGUACUCCAAUAAAAGAUGGAAAUGAGGAAAAUUCUGCAAAUAACAAUAGUUCAUCAUCGUCAUAUUCAAAUACAAACAAUGAUAAAACAAUAAAUGCAGACACUACUACUGCUACUACUAAAAAACGUAAACGACGUAUAUUAUUUUCGAAACAACAAAUAGCUUCAUUAGAACAUCGUUUUCGUGAGCAACGUUAUUUAUCUGCACCUGAACGAGAUAAUUUAGCAAAACAUAUUAAUUUAUCAGCAAAUCAAGUUAAAAUAUGGUUUCAAAAUCAUCGAUAUAAACUAAAACGAACAAAACAACAUGAUAAUCAUAAUUCAAAAGGAUAUCAAGAUAUUUUUGAUCCAAUACAAAAUUCAAAUGUUUCAUCACGUCGAAUACCUGUUCCAUUGUUUGUUCAAGAUGGAAAAUUAUGUUCGGGUAGUUCACUUUACGGAUGUGGAAUUCCGUCUCCAACAUCAUCAGUGGCUUAUAGUCCUCAUUCACGAACGGACACAUUGCCAAAUAUUAAUUCUUUAAAUGCAGCGGGAUUUGAUUUUACCUAUAAUACUGCUUACAAUGCAUACAUGUCAUCGAUAAGUAAUCAAUAUCCAUCUUCACAUUUUCCUAAUUUCGGACCAACAAAUUAUGGCUGUGGUAGUUGGUCAGGAGCAUGGCCAUAA